UCUGUACACCUUCUUUUACCACCACUUCACAUUAUGGCAAAUCGUACUGUGUCUGAUGCGAGAGCUGUCCACGGUGUGGAUCCGCAGCGGCUUGUUGAAAAGAUUAUUCGCGAGCGCAUCUAUGAUUCAAUGUACUGGAAAGAGCAUUGUUUCGGACUGACAGCCGCAACACUCAUGGACAAGGCUGUCGAUUUGACUUAUAUUGGUGGACAAUAUGCCGGCCAACACCCAACAGAAUUUCUUUGCUUAACACUCAAAAUGCUACAGCUUCAGCCUGAGAAAGACAUUGUCAACGAGCUUAUAAAGCAAGAAGAUUUUAAAUACCUAAGGGCACUAGGUGCGUUUUACUUGCGUUUGGUCGGUCGAUCAAAAGAAAUAUAUCUAUCGUUGGAGCCGCUAUUAAACGAUCCACGAAAGCUACGUAUACGGGAAGGAGAUGGUUUCAGCUUAACGUACAUGGACGAAUUUAUUGAUCAGCUACUACAUGAAGACCGUGUGUGCGAUGUCAUUUUACCUCGAUUGGUUAGUCGAUAUGCAUUAGAAGAAAACGACGAGCUCGAGCCUCGUGUAAGCGGGUUAGAAGGUGACCUGGAGAGUGACAUGGAAGAAACGGAAGUGGAAACAAGAGAUCGCAGCUCUAGUCGCAGUCGCAGUCGCAGCAGCAGUCGCAGCAGCAGAAGUCGAAGCCGGAGUCGCGUUCGUGACGGUGACGGUGAUCGUGGUCGUAGUCGUGCCCGGGACCGUCGCUACCGUAGCCGCAGCCGAAGUUCAAGCAGAGGAAGAAGCUCAAGAUACCGUAGUAGAAGCAGAAGUGAAAGCAGAAGCUCGUCGGAAAGACGCUCACGCCAUGGUCAUCGCCGACGACACCGGAGCAGAAGUUAUAGCCGUAGCCGUAGCCGUAGCCGUAGUAACGAAAGACGCAGGAGAUAAAAAGAAGUUUCUUGAUAUGAUUGCUACUGGUUUUAUUUCUAAGUUAUGCGUUUUCGGAUAUGACGCCAUAAUACCUUGGAAAGAAAAAUGAUUGUCACGCGUUUUUACUUGAUCUCGCGUAAGUUAUUUUAUAUCUUCCUUCGGUCUUAUAUCAAAAUGACAAUGGCGCAUACUUGCCCUGACAUCUCGUGUACCACGCGUGGUUAAAACACUUUACAAGCACAUGCCAUCAACUUCCAAUUACAAAACACUUCAUUAUAGCAUAACCCCCAACCUCUUCAGCAACCAAAAAGCUCCAAAAACAUAGCACAGGAGGAAUAAAUUCAACA